UGGAGUGGGCGUAGGCUCAGGCAGCAGCAGCAUCACAAAGGUUCAGCUCCUCCUGUAUCCUGGGGAGGGAGGGAGGAAGGGAGGGAGGGAGAGACGGAGAGGAUCAGGGUCAGAUACAUUCUAGUCUAGAGUGACGAAGGCAGUGUGUGCAAAUGAAGAGGAGAGUGUGUGUGCAAGUGUGUGAGAGAGGACGAAUCAGGGAGGGUUAGAGAGACAGACAGAGAGAGAGAGAGAGACAGAGUUGAGGGGGGUGGGUUGAGUGUGUGUGUGUGUGUGUGUUAGAGAGACAGAGAGGAAAUCCAGGCAGGGUGGAGGAAGGGGGACAUAAAGGGAGGAAGGAAAAGGGGGGCAGGAGGAAAAAGACAAGACAAGGGGACACAGAUUAAGAGGGAAGAUGGCUGAGCCAGAGCUGAAAUUACGGAGCAGCAGGGAGAGCGUUGCCAAGGAGGCGAGCCAGGAGAAGAUGGAGGCAGCUGAAGCAGACCCAGACCAAGAUGGCCUGAUUGUAGAACAGCCAGUGUCUCCAUCCACACCCAUGGUCUCUGAUCCCACUGCCACCAGCCCUAAUGAUGGCUCACCUGCCAAAGGGGAGAAGAUUGUACUCAAACGCAGCAUCACCCUCUUCAAUGGUGUGGGAAUGAUCAUUGGCACCAUCAUCGGCUCUGGCAUUUUCGUCACUCCCACAGGAGUGAUCAAAGAGACCGGCUCAGCUGGGCUCUCCCUCAUCGUCUGGUCUGUAUGUGGAGUGAUCUCUACCAUGGGUGCCCUAUGCUACGCUGAGCUGGGUACAACCAUCACCAAGUCGGGGGGAGACUACACUUACAUUUUAGAGGUGUACGGCGAACUGGCGGCCUUUCUGAAGCUGUGGGUGGAGAUGCUCAUCAUCCGGCCGUCAUCACAGUAUGUGGUGUCGCUGGUGUUCGCUACCUACCUUCUGAAACCUCUCUACCCAAACUGUGCCGUGCCCGACAGUGCUGCUAAACUCAUUGCCUGCCUGUGUCUCACCUCCCUAACCUUUGUAAACUGUAUCAGCGUAAGAGCAGCCACCAAGGUCCAGGACUUGUUCACGGCCUCCAAAUUGCUGGCCUUGAUCAUCAUCAUCCUCUUUGGCUUCAUCCAGAUUUCCACAGGCGAUGUGCCAUACCUGACACCAGAAAAGGCAUUUGAAGGCAGCAAACUGGGAGUGGACAAUAUUGUCUUGGCUCUGUACAGUGGUCUUUUUGCUUUUGGAGGCUGGAAUUACCUGAAUUACGUAACAGAGGAGAUGAUCAAUCCAGAGAGGAACCUGCCAUUGUCCAUCAUCAUAUCCAUGCCUAUAGUGACGGUGGUGUACGUUCUGACCAACCUGGCCUAUUUCACCACCAUCUCUCCUGAAGUCAUGGUCGAGUCUGAUGCUGUCGCUGUGAGUUUUGGGGAGUACCAUCUUGGUGUGAUGUCCUGGCUGAUUCCUGUCUUUGUGGGACUGUCCUGCUUUGGAGCUGUCAACGGCUCCCUGUUCACCUCAGCACGCUUGUUCUAUGCUGGAGCUCGAGAAGGUCAACUCCCUGCUGCUCUGGGAUUGGUCCACACAGACCUCUUCACACCGGUGCCGUCCCUCAUCUUCACAUGUUUGCUGUCCAUGAUGUACGCCAUCUCUCAGGACAUCUUCUCUGUCAUCAAUCUCUUCAGCUUCUUCACCUGGCUCUGUGUUGGUAUGGCCAUUGCUGGCAUGCUCUGGCUGCGCUUUAAAAAGCCAGAGCUCAGGAGGCCCAUUAAGGUUCCUCUGUUAGUUCCUGUGCUUUUUGUUUUGGGCUGUGUCUUCAUGAUCGUUGUGUCCUUCUGGGCAGCUCCGGUUGAGUGCCUGAUAGGCAGCAGCAUUAUUCUCACAGGCAUCCCGGCGUACCUACUGGGCUACAAGUGGAAAAAACCCCAUGUGGUCAAGAAGAUGCUGGAAAUCUUCACCAUGUUCUGUCAGAAGAUCUUCAUGUCUGUUCCUGAGGAGAGGGAGCAACAUGAGGCAUCUGAAUAAUGCUGGACAGACUGAACAACAUGAAGGACUUAGUCAAUAUUUUUGUCUGAACAUUCUUGACAUGUUUACAUUCAUUCACUUGUGAUUUGGCUACACCAGUUUUAAAAAAACAAAAAAACAUUUACCUAACCAGGCAGGUAACUGUGGAACAAAUCUGGUAUUUUCAAGGAUGGCCUGCUAAUCCAGCAAAAGGAGAGUUUACAUGAACAAAGUAUGAUGGCAUAUUUUACAAAAAUAUUUCAAAUUUGAGAGAGACCUAAUCUAAAUCAUGACAUUUAGACAUUUUCCACUGCCUUUAUUCUGAAUUUGUUUGACAAUUGUAUCAACUUAAUGCUGGAACAUGAUUAUAUGUUACAUAUUAGUCAGUUAAUGGACAGUCAUACAGUUAAUUACUUGUACACGGCAUCUGAAGCUGCAUAAUCUAAUGGCCUAAAACGUACAAGUCACUCGCCUAAAGAGUACAAACGAGUUGCUUGGCGAGACAAGAAAAACUUUUUUUUUUUACUUUCUUUACAUUUUAAUAAACAACAAUUAACAACCAAACCUUCUUAUUAUAGUUUACAGUUUACUAGAAUAUGAAAGCUACCUGAGAGAUUAACUACAGUUAAUGAUGAGUGGAGUGAUUUUAGGUUAAAAGACCUCAUAUAUGAAACAGUGAAUGACAGUGUACAGUGUAUCAAUAAGGUCAGGGUUGGAAGAAGAAGUGGUUAGCAUACUACUGAUUACAUCAUACUCAUACGCUACUAAUAUUUAUGUUAACUAACAACUGAUUUUUAAUAUUUGUAAUUUUUUUUUCUAUUCAUUAGUGAAAUGAGUCCACAGCACCAUCUAUCUUUAAGCACAAACUAAAGUGAGAAAACAGUGUAUGUAAUGUUUCCUUAAGACGUGUUGCUGUGAAUCAGUUUCUUGUGUCAUUUUAUUUUUACAUCAACAUAUCAGAGUCAGUGCUCCGUAUGUGAUGAUAUUUGAUGAAAUGAUACCAGCACCUGUUUGUGAGGCAUCCUUAUAAGAAACUGAAGAGCUGUAUAGAUGUCACUUUGGUUGUAUUUAGUAAACUCCAUUGUAGUGUUAGUGUUUGGUAUUGUGUGUAUCUAUAAUCUGUGCCAGACAUGUCAGUGCUGAUAUUCCAGUUGUCUUGUUUUAUUGUCACUGUAAGACCAGAACGAAUGUUGCAAAUUUAGUGACAUAAGCUUUUAUUUUGUCAUAGGAAACAUACCUUUAAAAUCAUAAAAAAAAUGAAUAUAUGAUGUUUUCCCAAAGUUACUGCAAGCACUUUCUCAGUCUACUCAAGAUCCCAGAGGGGGAAAAAAGGGAGUGGAGGUUGUGUGGGUUGGGAAAGGUUUCUGGAUUUUGCACAGAAGAGAGAGAGAGAGAGAGAGAGAGAGAGAGAGAGAGAGAGAGAGAGAGAGAGAGAGAGAGUCCCCGUAAACAUCAACCAUUGGUUAGUGGAUUUUCACCCUCUGCUCAUUGAGCUGACAGUCCAGAUUUAUGCAGGACACUGGAAUCAACUGGAAAUACAUAUACUGAAAUUAGAUAGUGACGCAUAUUAGUUGACACAAAAAUGAGCACAGCUUCAGCACAAACUGAGCGAAAUCUUUGAGAACAUUUUUUAUUCAUUGGAACAUCCUUCUCGUGACAGGAGAUGAAAUGUGUUCUGUCUCUUUCGAGAAAUACAAGUGCUCUUAAAACAUCAUGUUGAUGGAAAUUGGACCAUGUCAUCACAACACAUUGGACAAUAAUCAAUCAAUCAGUUUCAAAGUACCACCAUGGAAGUGAAUUUACACAUGGAGGGAGAGAAAAGCACAUAUUUAACACCCAAUGGCAACAUCGCCCUACAGCAUGUAAUGUUAACACCAGAUAUGAAGAAUAAAGAUAUAUUUCUGAACAUAACACACCUUUCCCUCCAUGUUUUAUUCAUCUUCAGCUGUCAUAUAGUUGUAAGCACAUCAAUAAACAGCACAAAGCUAGAAGAAAGGAUUUGGUGUGUGCACAUUAAAAGACAGGGCAUGUGUUGCUAAAACACACAGAUUGUGACUAUGAAGAUAAAUGGUUUCUGAAGACCCAUCAUAGGUUUUGUUUUGCACAACAUACUGUAUUCCUGUGUGGAAACUAUUGCUGUAUGUAUAAGUUUAUAAUACCUUUCAUGGUAUUUGCCUAAAGGAAUGUUAUAGAGAAAAAAACAAACAAACUCUUAUAGCAUAUUUUUAAUCCUAAAAAUGGAAAGUACCUAUGUCAAAUAUUGUAACAGUUGUAUGUCAGUGACCAUGGCAGGUACAUGUAACAUUAAAAAAAUAUUUUUGUUCAAA